AGAGCCACCGACUGCAGCCAGCUCUGCCAGCGGCGUCACAGCAUGUACACCAGCAGAAUGGAGGUUCCCAGGAGGGGGCGAUCCUUCGACUCCAUGAACACCAGCUUCGGCGAGAAUCAGCUCAACAACGUGGUAGGCAACCUCUCCUCUUUGGCCAUCCUCAACGAGAUCCACAAGUCCAACUACACGAUGAAUGAUGACAACAAAGUGAAUGAAGACAAUGUAUCUGAAAGGGGGAGAGCUGCCGUCAUUUUUUCUUUAAAAAACGAAGUUGGAGGGCUUGUGAAAGCCCUAAAGCUCUUUCAGGAAAAACAUGUGAACCUGGUGCACAUAGAAUCUCGAAAAUCCAGGAGACGAAAUUCAGAGUUUGAGAUCUUUGUAGAUUGUGACAGUAACAGGGAACAGCUUGAGGAGAUCUUCCAUCUCUUGAAAUCCCAUGCCAAUGUGGUAUCCGUGAACCAGACAGACAAUUUCCUCGUACAGGAAGAUGAUAUGGAAAAUAUCCCCUGGUUCCCUAAGAAGAUCUCGGAUUUGGAUAAAUGUGCAAAUCGUGUUCUUAUGUAUGGUUCUGAUCUGGAUGCAGACCAUCCAGGUUUCAAAGACAAUGUUUAUCGCAAGAGACGGAAGUAUUUUGCAGACCUGGCCAUGAACUACAAACAUGGUGACCCAAUUCCAAAAGUUGAAUUCACCGAGGAGGAGAUCAGGACUUGGGGCACAGUAUUCCGAGAACUGCAUAAACUCUACCCAACCCAUGCUUGCAGAGAAUAUCUUAAAAACCUGCCUUUGCUAGCCAAGUACUGUGGGUACAGAGAAGACAACAUCCCCCAGCUGGAAGAUGUGUCACGUUUUCUAAAAGAGCGCACUGGAUUUACUAUCCGCCCAGUUGCCGGAUACCUCUCACCCAGAGAUUUCUUGGCGGGUUUAGCCUUCAGAGUAUUCCACUGCACUCAGUAUGUUCGACACAGUUCUGACCCGCUUUACACUCCAGAACCUGAUACCUGCCAUGAGCUUUUGGGCCAUGUACCUCUUCUUGCUGAACCUAGUUUUGCCCAAUUCUCUCAGGAAAUUGGCUUGGCUUCCCUUGGGGCAUCUGAUGAAGCUGUUCAGAAGCUGGCAACUUGCUACUUCUUCACAGUAGAAUUUGGCUUAUGUAAGCAAGAAGGCCGGCUAAGAGCCUAUGGAGCCGGUUUACUCUCUUCUAUCAGUGAACUGAAACAUGCACUGUCUGGAAAUGCCAGAGUCAAGCCCUUUGACCCCAGUGUCACCUGCAAGCAAGAAUGCAUGAUUACAACAUUCCAAGAAGUUUACUUUAUUUCUGAAAGCUUUGAAGAUGCAAAAGAAAAGAUGAGAGAGUUUGCAAAGACAAUCAGGCGCCCCUUUGGAGUGAAUUACAACCCGUAUACACAAAGCGUUCAGAUCCUGAAAGACACAAGGAGCAUUGCUACUGUGGUGAAUGAGCUACGCCACGAACUGGACAUUGUCAGUGAUGCCCUGACCAAGAUGGGCAAGCAGCUGGGAAUUUAACCUCUCCAGGGAUCAUCAACCACUCCACACUUGGCACCUAUGGAUUGGGUCCCAUUUUAGACAUGGAAAUACUCUUUGUGUGCUUUACCGCCCUGUGAUCUUCGGAUGAAGGGUGGUAUACUCAAUGAAUGAAUGAAUGAAUGAAUGAAUGAAUGAAUAAAGUAGGAUGCCAUUUUCCUAAAACCAAAGGCUAAAUCAUGAGGAAAUACUUUGUUUUUGAACUAUGCCCCCCGGAAACAUUCAUACCAAUAUUUGCAUACUAUUUCUCCCUUUCUCUUUUAUGGCUCACCCACGCACUCAGCAAGUUGGAAGGAGAGCAGAUGCAACUUGCUUGUGGACUUAGGAAUAGUUACAAUGAAAUAGGCAAGUGGUUCCAUGUAGUCCAAUGAGGGCUCAUUCUACUUACUACUGAAGAAUGGCUAGAGCUAGAAACCAAGAUCUAAUGAGGACCUAUUGCCAUCCAGUCCAGGGAUGACUCCAGCUCCCAUCAUCCCAUUGGCCAUUCUGCUGGGGCUGAUGGGGGCUAGAGUCCAGCAACACCUGGAGGUCCACAGCUUCCCCACCCCUGCCUCAAACCCAGUACAGCAUGUGCCAUCAUGUUUCAAGAAGGAUUCAAUAGUUAUUUCAGCUGAAGGAUGAAGACUAUAAUUCGAUGCACACUUAUGUAGGAAUCCAGUACAAGCGAAUACAGUGGGAUUUAUUUCUUGAGUUGCUCUGCACGUGCCAUUUCUCAUAUUAGGUUUCCCAAUAAACUUGCAUCUGGAUAUACUUGCACUUGGAGAACAGGGAUCUCCUUCUGGCAGGAAGCUGAUUCAGUGUCGUUUCAUCCCAUUAUACUCUCAUUUGGCUCCGAUGAGUGCCCUCCAGGAUGGCCAGUGGCCAAGGAUGAGGGAAGCUGCAAUCCAGCAACAUUUGGGGGCCCCCAGGCUAGCUACCCCUGCUCUAGAGACUACUCAGUGAUGAAUUUAUAGCAAAAUGAAUAGCAAAAUGAGCACAAAUUAGGAUAAACCAGCUUUGAAGUGUAUUUUAGGCCUUAUGCAUCAUAUAGCCUACUCCAACCUACACCCCCAAACCCCUGUGUUUUUGUACUAUGUGAAAAGGUAGAGGGUGGUGUAGUUGGAGAAAUAUGGGAGGGACAAUGACUUGCUACAGAAGAACCUGUGCUCAUUGUUCCAAUUUAUUCUCAAGAUGUCAAGAGAUAGAGGCUCAUUGGAAUUACUUCUGAACUGGAUAUGCCUUCAUAUUUAGAUAAACCUUACUUUUGUCUUAACUUAGAAUUGUUUUUUAGGAAUCUGAAACUUUUUAAAUAAAUCAUUGCAGUUGAAACAACUGGAAGUAAUGGAACAGAUUUUCUGGGCUUCUACAAAGAGUAGCAUUUCCUGAAAUGAACUGGAUUAUGCCAUGUCUGUGCUUUUUUAUUAGACAUUUUUGGGUCUGUGUUAUGUUUGUAAUGCAAGAGAAAAACAUUGUACUGUUAAAUGAGUAUUUGCACCUUAAACUCUAAGACUUGGAUUUUUUUAAAAAAAUAUUUGAAGCCGGUUGUAGUUUUGCAAUUGACCUUGAUGGAUCCAAGAAUUCACUUAAAAUCUAAGUAGAUAUAGUUUCAGAUAUUUAAAUAUUUAUAUUCAGUUUUUAGGAUGUGUAAACUUUGUCAUCUGUGUUAGUAAUUUCAGUGAAUUUACUGUGGUGCUAGAACUGUUAAGUAGUCAGAAUGCUUAGCUAAAUGAUAUUUCCCAUUUUUUUCUAUUUUCAAAUUAAAAAAUGAAC